AUGGAAUUAGUGUGUGCUCCUUCAGGAUCAGAGUGCAUGUAUGUACGGCAACCUCAGUGUCUCUGCCAACCAAAAUUAGUUUGUCCACCACCCAAGCUGAUAUAUCCUCCGCCGCAACUAGUCUGUCCUCCACCGAAACUAGUCUAUCCGCCACCGAAACUAGUUUAUCCACCACCAAAACUAGUCUGCCCGCCGCCACAACUGGUCUGUCCACCGCCGAAACUAGUUUAUCCACCACCCAAAUUAGUCUGUCCACCAGUCAGAUGCGUCUGUGUGCCACCUCCAUGCAUUUGUCCUCCAGCCAGAUGCGUCUGUCCACCACCCAGAUGUUUCUGUCCGCCACCUAGAUGUGUCUGUCCACCACCCAGAUGUACCUGUCCACCACCUAGAUGUAUUAGUCCUCCACCUAAACAUAUGUGUCCACCACCCAAAUAUAUGUGUCCUCCACCAAAACGUGACUGCCCUCCACCCAAAGGCGGAUGUCCUCCACCGAAAGGUGGUUGUCCGCCACCAAAAAGUAGCUGCCCUGCGCAAAAACCGGCUUGUCCUCCUGCAAAACUGUUCUGUAUGCCUGAAACACAAUCAACUGAUAUGUUCACAAUUGGAUCAAGCGAUAUGCCAACAACUGGGACAUCUGAUAUGUCAACAUUUCCGACAACUGGCUGCUCCACAUCAUCGUCUCCAAGGCCUAUGCCCAUACCAAAAGAUCCAAUCCUACUAUCUCCACCUGCACCACCAACCCGUAUGGACAAGCCAUCAAAAUUUUCUCUUAAUACGACAUCAAAUACAGAUGAUUCGUGUUCGUCGAAAUCUGACAAUACUUUUUCACCAAAAACGAUCUGUAUUCCAGCUCCCGAAGCAACCUGUGUUCCUCCACCACCUUCGGUUUGUGUAGCUCCACCACAAGUUAUCUGUGUUCCUCGACCUAAACUAAUUUGCGUUCCUGAACCAGAACCAAUCUGCAUCAUACCGCAGGAAGUUUGUGUUCCUGCAUAUUACUGUUUAGAUGACGUCCUUUGUUGUUGUUAA